UAGGGCUCCUUUUCACUUCAAACACAAAAUGGAAACAUACCAAGGGGAGAAGAACACAGAGAAGCAAGAGAAAAGAAGAGAGAAUGCGUAUAGGGGAAUUCGCAGGCGACCAUGGGGUAAGUUUGCUGCUGAGAUACGUGAUCCGACAAGGAAUGGAGCACGUCGUUGGCUUGGAACAUUUGACACAGCAGAGGAGGCGGCCCGGGCCUAUGACCGAGCUGCCUUUGCCUUCCGGGGUCAUUUAGCCAUCCUCAACUUUCCGAACGAAUACCAACAUCAGGAAACAAACUCUACCAUGUCAUUUGCUUCUUCAUCUUCAUUCUCCACCGGGAAUCCUUUGAGUUAUGGCAAUGAAGUUUCCUCGACUAAUGGACAAGAAGUUAUAGAGUUUGAGUAUCUGGAUAACAAAUUGUUGGAGGAGCUGCUGGAAACACAUGAUCACAGCAGGCAGCUUUAGACCCAUUGAUGAUGAAUACGUAAAAUUUCAAUGCAAUUCUUUAAUUUUGUCCAUUUGUGUGAAUCCAAAAUGGAAAUAACCAAAUUCCCAUUAUUUAUUUGUCUGUUUAAUAACAUUACAGCCCAGAAGAAGAACAAAAAGAAAGGAUUGAAAUGAGGAAAUUAAA